GCAUCGGUAUAAAUACAGGGGGUAAACGGUGAUACAAGAUAGAAUUCGCUUGGCCAGACCUCGUACUGGAACUCGAAAACGCUGUUGUUGUUCCCUAAUUUUUGCAGAAUUAAGGCUUAAUAGGAUGCAGGCGCGGUGGCUAUGUGGAGUGUUUGUGUUGGGACUUUUAUUCGUUGCGGCUAGCAGCGAUAAAUGUCCUUAUCAACCGGGCCCAGCACAGCAGACAGCCGGAUAUGUACCCAAACCAAUUCAUCCUGCAAAAUCCGAUUACAAUACGGGUGGCCACAAACCCCAAUAUCCUGGCAGUCAUCAGAGCUCUUGCCCCAAAGUUGGCGGAUUGGAAUCGCAUUGCCGACCGGCCAAAGAUUGCGCCGUGUGGUACGAUCUCGUCCGGAAGACUCCGGGGACUGCCUGUACACUACACAAUGGAUAUGACAGAGGACUCUGCUGUCCGGAUCUUCCCAUAAACAUUAAUAGCAGGGCGCCCUUUAAGAAACCAAGUCCCUGCGAAGACGUCAAAUUAGACGAUCAUGUCAAUAAAAUCGACUUGGACGCUGUGCGCGCGGCUGUUCAUCACGCAGGCCAGAAUCAGAUGGCAUCAUUGGUGGAGGCUGAGAACGGAAUGGCUAGACAGAACAUUUUGGUUAGACCCGGUUCAGCUCGCUACACGCACAGUUGGGUUUACUUUCAAACGGCGGAUGAAGCAUUGAAGAACACCGGAAACACUAUGCACGGUGUUUUUUCUGGCCAUAACCUCGUCCAUGGACAUCAAAUUAAGCCGCAGCAAGCCCAUUGUGCACUAAAUCAGUUCCUUGUAAAAGACACGGGUGUCACCCACACUUGCCCCACUUUCCCGGUUUGUGAUAAAAAGGCGUUGGCAUCGCCCUAUCGAACCAUAACCGGAAUUUGCAAUCACGUCCAUUCACCUGGCAAUAUCCCCUGGGGUGUGUCCAAUACCCAAUACCAGCGCAUUCUAACCCCAGACUACGCCGAUGGUUAUUGGAUGCCCAGACGAGCUGCGGAUGGAGGCGAACUUCCCUCACCCCGUGUGGUAUCUCUAACCGUAGUUCGCGAUGUGGAUGCUCGAAGCGAGACGGACAGUAUUUUUGUCAUGCAAUUCGGACAGGUCAUUGAUCACGACUUGCAACAAACUCUGGAAUCAAAAUUGGCGGACGGAUCACCAGUGCCUUGCUGCACGGAAGACGGACAAUUCCUUUCUGAACAAGACUACGCUCACGGCAAGUGCUUUCCCAUUGUCAUUCCCAAGGACGACCCGUUUUAUUCCAAGUUCAAUCGACGCUGCAUGGGAUUCGCCCGUUCCGCUCCGGCGUGCAGAAAUGACCGCAAAUUUGGCUACGUGGAGCAGGCGAACAUCAACACCCACUUCUUGGAUCUCUCGCCCGUCUACGGCUCGGACGAUGAAGUGGCGUCCGAUUUGCGGACGUUCCAAAAAGGCAGUCUGAAAGCAACUCCCGGACCAAAGAAGGGCUACUACUACGAAAAGGAUUUGAUGCCCGCUGACAAUGAUACCACUUUGGACUGUUCGUCACCCAAAUCCGACAGCGACAUCUACCCACUACUGGAUGUCAAGUGCUUCACAGCAGGUGACAAUCGAGUGAAUGAUGCUCCUUACAUGACUGUCACGCAAACCUCCCUUUUCCGCCAACACAAUCGUUUGGCGGAAGAGCUGGCCGCUUUGAAUCCGCACUGGGGCGACGAGCGUAUCUACCAGGAGUCUAGGCGCAUUUUGGUCGCACAGUGGCAGCACAUGGUCUACAACGAAUAUCUCCCGGUUCUCAUCGGUCGCAAAAAGAUGCAGGAACUCGGCAUUUUCCCGCUUCAGCACGGUUUCAGUCACGAUUACGACGACAAAGUCAAUCCGUCCGUUUUGAACGAAUUCACCGUCACCGCGUUCCGUUUCGGCCACUCCCUGGUUCCUGAAAGGCAAGAUCUCGUCAACGAGCAGAGAGAAAAGGAGAAAAGCUUUUUGUUGCGUCGCUUGUUCUUCAAAAUGCAAGAGGUUUACGUCCCCGGCAACGUCGACAAGUUCCUCAUCGCCCAGGCAACUUUAGCCGGAGAAAGUGUCGAUAAUUAUUACACUGUCGAGAUGACCAACCAUUUGUUCGAAGAGGCCGGCACGGGUUUCGGAAUGGAUUUGGUGUCGCUCGACACUCAGCGCAGUCGCGAUCACGGUAUAAGAGGCUAUAACAGUUAUCGGGCCGUGUGUGGCAUUCCGCGCGCCAAAGACUUUGACGAUCUUCUCGAUUUGAUUCCCGCUAGAGUGGUUGAGGGUUUCAAGUCCAUUUACGCAUCUGUCGACGAUAUUGAUUUAUUCAUCGCUGCCGUGUCCGAGAAGAAAGCCGAAGGUGCUAUUGUGGGACCCACUUUUGCUUGCAUCAUUGGAGAACAAUUUUUGAGGCUGAAACGUGGCGACCGCUACUUUUACGAUCUCGGCGGACAGGCCGGCUCCUUCACUGAAAAACAAUUGGACGAAAUUAGGAAAACGAGUUAUUCGCGCAUCGUCUGUGACAACAGCGACAUCCGUUACAUGCAACCGCUAGUUUUCAAACUCAUUUCCGACUUGAACCCACUUGUGAAAUGCGAAUCUACCGACUCUAUUCCUCGCAUGAGCCUUCAGCCUUGGAAAGAAGCCGAUAUAACUGCCCGACUAAAGUAUUGAUGUUCUAAAUCCCAGUUCUAUAAUAUGGGUGACGGUAAUAUGUAGUAAUAGUAACAAAACAUUUUAUUUCUACCUGUGGAGUAACCAAAUGCAAAUAAACACAAAAGGGCAAAAAGUAAAAA